AUGCUUCCCAGCGCCUCGCGGGAGAGACCCGGCCAUAGAGCAGGAGAAGUGGCGGCCCCUGACUUGCUGGAUCCUAAAUCUGCCGCUCAGAACUCUAAACCGAGGCUCUCGUUCUCCACGAAACCCACCGUGCUUGCUUCCCGGGUGGAGACUGACACUACCAUUAAUGUUAUGAAAUGGAAGACGGUCUCCACGAUUUUCCUGGUGGUCGUCCUCUAUCUGAUCAUCGGAGCCACAGUGUUCAAAGCGUUGGAGCAGCCUCACGAGAUUUCCCAGAGGACCACCAUUGUGAUCCAGAAGCAGACGUUCAUUUCCCAGCACUCCUGUGUCAAUUCGACUGAGCUGGACGAACUCAUCCAGCAAAUAGUGGCAGCAAUAAAUGCAGGGAUUAUACCUUUAGGAAACACCUCCAAUCAAAUCAGUCACUGGGAUUUGGGAAGUUCCUUCUUCUUUGCUGGCACUGUUAUUACAACCAUAGGAUUUGGAAAUAUCUCACCACGCACAGAAGGGGGAAAAAUAUUCUGUAUCAUCUAUGCCUUACUGGGAAUUCCCCUCUUUGGUUUUCUGUUGGCUGGAGUUGGAGAUCAACUAGGAACCAUAUUUGGAAAAGGAAUUGCAAAAGUGGAAGAUACAUUUAUUAAGUGGAAUGUUAGUCAAACCAAGAUUCGAAUCAUCUCAACAAUCAUAUUUAUACUGUUUGGUUGUGUACUCUUUGUUGCUCUGCCUGCAAUCAUAUUCAAGCACAUAGAAGGCUGGAGUGCCCUGGACGCCAUUUAUUUUGUGGUUAUCACUUUAACAACCAUUGGCUUUGGCGACUACGUUGCAGGUGGAUCAGAUAUUGAAUAUCUAGACUUCUAUAAGCCUGUCGUAUGGUUUUGGAUCCUUGUAGGGCUUGCUUACUUUGCUGCUGUCCUGAGCAUGAUUGGAGACUGGCUCCGAGUGAUAUCAAAAAAGACAAAAGAAGAGGUGGGAGAGUUCAGAGCCCAUGCUGCUGAGUGGACAGCCAACGUCACGGCCGAAUUCAAGGAAACCAGGAGGCGGCUGAGCGUGGAGAUUUACGACAAGUUCCAGCGUGCCACCUCCAUAAAGCGGAAGCUCUCCGCAGAACUGGCUGGAAACCACAACCAGGAGCUGACUCCCUGUAGGAGGACCCUGUCAGUGAACCACCUCGCCAGCGAGAGGGAUGUCUUGCCUCCCUUACUGAAAACUGAAAGUAUCUAUUUGAACGGAUUGACGCCACACUGUGCAGGCGAGGAAAUUGCUGUUAUUGAGAACAUUAAAUAGCCCUCUCUAUGAAGAGCCCUAGGCAUAGCCAUAGGCUCAACUCCGCAGUCCUUUACCCCACAACUCCUGUUUGAAUACCAUACCUUGCUGGA